UGGUAUCGAGGGCUUUGAUUGGAGCUGGAGCAGUUAUCAUUUGAUCUAAGUCUUGCCAGAGGCCUUGACUAUUACACUGGAGUCAUUUAUGAGGCAGUACUGAUAGACAAUCCUUCCGUUGAUCCUAAAUCAAAGGAUACUCCAUCAGUUGGUUCCAUAUCUGGCGGUGGUCGCUAUGACGACCUAGUAGGAAUGUUUGACAGUAAAGGAAGAAAGGUCCCUUGUAUUGGAUUCAGUAUUGGGGUAGAGAGAAUAUUCUCAAUUUUGGAAGCAAAAGCAAAAUCUGGUGGAAUGGGUCAGGUGAGGACCAUUGAUACUCAAGUGAUGGUGGCUUCUGCCCAAAAGAACUUGUGCAGGGAGAGAAUGAAGAUAUGUACCUUGUUAUGGGAUGCAGGAAUAAAGGCUGAAAUGUCAUACAAAGUUAAUCCAAAGUUCUUAAAUCAAGUGCAGUACUGUGAGAAGGAGUUAGUGCCACUGAUGGUGAUCAUUGGGGAUCAGGAACUAGCUCAGGGAGUAGUUAAACUAAGAGAUGUUCAGACACAGGAAGAGGUUUUAAUUAGAAAGGAAGAAAUAGUUGAGGAGAUUCAGAAACGAUUGUCACUUUAAUUAUUAUUGAUAUUUAUGUAAUGUCUAUUUCUUCUUUUACUGGUGUGCUUUUGUAUACUACUAAUCAUCAUUUAGUUGUAUUGAAAUCAUGAAUAUGCUUGUAAAUGCUUGAGAAAAGAGACAAUAUAUUCUGUCACUUGACAUGAAGCUG